GCCCCAUGUUGAUGCUGCUGUCAGUGGAUACAAGCCGACCUGGGCAAGAAUAAGUGUAACCACUCCUUUUUACAAAGUAACGACGAUAAUAAUCACACUGUGUCACUUAUUAUUCAACCUAUAUUUUUUGUUGUAUUUAUCACAGCAUAGGCUGUUAUCCGAUAUACAUUUCCAUUAGCACGAAGCAGACGGCUAAGAGGUAUCCCCACUAGAGCACGUCGGACAUCAUCAGAAUUUUCCUGUGAGAGGUCGGAAGAACACCUGAAUGAAAUGACAGACUCGGUUGUUGACGGGAUGCUGGACGUUAAACAAGCUACAAAAUAUGUCAAAGAAAGCGAGAACGUUGCAGAAAAGUAUUCUGCUAUGACCGUGAGCAAAAAUAGCGACAUGAACAUGAACGUGGGCGAAUUGCCCUCUGCGGCAUUCACUGCAGUCCCCACUCUCAAAUCUGUUAAGAAGAUCCAGUUUGCUAAUGCAGAAGACAAGCAGGAGUUCAGCAGAUACCCGACUAAGGCAGGCCGACGCUCCCUCUCUCGGUCCAUCUCCCAGUCUUCAACAGAUAGCUACAGCUCAGCUGCCUCGUACUCCGACAGCUCAGAUGACGAGACCUCCCCCAGGGACAGGGAACAGGCCAACACCCAGGGCCGCAGCGACUUCUGCGUUAAGAACAUCAAACAGGCUGAGUUUGGACGACGGGAGAUUGAGAUCGCAGAACAAGACAUGUCUGCCCUGAUCUCCCUGAGGAAGCGAGCCCAAGGAGAGAAGCCUCUGGCUGGGGCCAAGGUUGUGGGCUGUACCCACAUCACUGCUCAGACAGCGGUUCUGAUUGAGACUCUGGUAGCCCUGGGUGCACAGUGUCGCUGGACUGCCUGCAACAUCUACUCCACUCAGAAUGAGGUGGCAGCUGCCCUAGCAGAGACUGGGGUACCUGUGUUUGCGUGGAAGGGCGAGUCGGAGGAUGACUUCUGGUGGUGCAUCGACCGCUGCGUCAGCAACGAUGGCUGGCAGGCCAACAUGAUUCUGGAUGACGGGGGGGACCUGACCCACUGGGUUUAUAAGAAGCACCCCAGCGUGUUCAAAAAGGCCCGGGGCAUUGUGGAGGAGAGCGUCACUGGAGUCCACAGGUUGUACCAGUUGUCCAAGGCUGGCAAACUGUGUGUCCCUGCCAUGAAUGUGAACGACUCUGUCACCAAGCAGAAGUUUGACAACCUCUACUGCUGCCGAGAGUCCAUUCUGGAUGGUUUGAAGAGGACCACCGACGUGAUGUUUGGAGGAAAACAAGUGGUGGUGUGUGGUUAUGGAGAGGUGGGGAAGGGCUGCUGCACUGCGCUAAAAGCCUUGGGAGCCAUUGUGUGCAUCACAGAGAUCGACCCCAUCUGUGCCCUGCAGGGCUGCAUGGAUGGAUUCAGAGUGGUCAAGCUGAAUGAAGUCAUUCGUCAGAUGGACGUAGUAAUAACUUGCACAGGUAAUAAGAAUGUGGUGACCAGAGAGCAGCUGGAUCGUAUGAAGAACGGAUGCAUUGUGUGCAACAUGGGACAUUCCAAUACUGAGAUUGAUGUGGCCAGUCUGCGAAGCCCCGAGCUCACCUGGGAGAGGGUGCGUUCUCAGGUGGACCACGUCAUCUGGCCCGACGGCAAGCGGGUCGUCCUCCUGGCUGAGGGUCGGCUGUUGAACCUGAGCUGCUCCACGGUGCCCACGUUUGUCCUGUCUAUCACCGCCACCACUCAGGCUCUGGCCCUAAUCGAGCUCUUCAACGCUCCAGAGGGCCGCUAUAAACAAGAUGUCUAUCUGUUGCCUAAGAAGAUGGAUGAGUAUGUGGCCAGCUUGCAUCUGCCCAACUUUGAUGCCCACCUGACAGAGCUGUCUGACGAGCAGGCUAAGUAUAUGGGCCUGAACAAGAACGGCCCUUUCAAACCAAACUACUACAGGUAUUAAUGGGAGUGCCCGAUGUUGUGCCUGGUGCCCUCAACACAAAGGCUAAACGAUUGCUAAAAGAUAUUAUUUAAUUUUGUAAAUUGUUAUAAAAGGGAAUAAUUAUUUUACUGAAUUAUUUUACUCCUGAAUGUAAUAACUUUAUAAUUAUUCCUUCAGGCAUUGACAUAUAUCCUCACAAAAAAAUUAUAUGUACUGUCUAUGUUAGAAACAAUUAUUUUUACAUUAAGAAACUAUUGUGUUGACCAAAUAAUCACUACAGUGUCUGUCUGAAAAUGCCUGCUUGCAUGUUCACAUCUCUAAAUUUACUUAUUCAGUUAUGUAUGCUCAAUCUGUAGUAUGUUGCUAUAGUCAGUUCAUACUUGGUGCCAAAAAAAUACAAAAUAACGUUGGUACCAUUUAAAAAACAUGCCUGUUUGUGUUCUGUGUUGCUGUCAGACGACUGACCUUUUAAAAUGGAGUACAUUCCAUGAGCUAGAGCCAGGAGUGACCAGGCAUCACGCACUAUUUUGUGUCUGAUAUUGUAGUCCAAGUGUUCUAAAAUCACCUACUGCAUUGAUGAUUCCCAUGGGCUUGUAUCUGCGUAAUUGCCUUUUAAAGUUAUGGUAUGAAUGUGCCUUCUGAGCUGCUUACUUUAGCCUAUCAGUGAAACCCACUAUAUUGGUUAGGUUGGUAUUUGUUAGGAAUUAUUCGAUUAUUACACUGGGUAUGUGCAGUAGCCUACAUCAUCAAACGAUGUACAGGUUUUCUUUCAUAUAGUCUAUUUUGUUCCAAGAUGAUUUUGACAUCGUGUGAUUACAAAUAAUAUAUGUCUCUGUAAAUGAAUAUCAGCAAUAAAUGCUAUACAUAUAUAUGUAACAUAUGUAACAAAAAUAAAUAAACCUAUGUCCAAAUA